GCGGAAGUUCUGGCUGGGGCAGACGGACGGAUAGCUCGCCGGUGCCGGUGCUGGGCUGCACGUGGCGACGAGAGCGGUCUCCGCGGCAACGGGCGAACGGUCCGUCUCCAUAGCGACCGGUGAGUCUGGUGCCGGAGCCCGGGCUUUGGGGACAGGCCCCGUGGGCUAACGCCAGGAGUGGUGGCCGUCGAGCCUCUGCUGUCCCCGCAGCCUCAAUCAAAGUGACCCAGUGGAGGCCACCCCCAGCACCCUCCACCCAGCCAUCCCAGGCACAGAACUGUAAAAGAUGGGGAAAGUUCAGAAGAAAACCGCCUCCAAUAAAAUACGGAAGAAGAAACCUGCACGAGAUAUCAAGUCAAAUCCGUUUGAGGUGAAAAUUAACAAGCAGAAGUUCGAUAUCCUUGGCCGAAAGACAAAGCAUGACCGAGGUCUGCCUGGAGUAUCUCGAUCCAAAUCUAUUAAAAGACGUACCGAGACUUUGCUGAAAGAAUACAAGAACCAGGGGAAGUCCAACACGUUUAUUGACAAAAGGUUCGGUGAAUAUAAUGCAGAGUUAACAGAGGAUCAGAAGAUGGCAAAGAGAUUCUCCCUCGAGCGGCAGCGCCUCCACACGAAGAAGAGCAUGUACAACCUGAACGAGGAGGAAGAGCUCACCCAUUAUGGGCAGUCCCUGGCAGACGUUGAGAACUUCAACGACAUGCCAGACAGCGACAGUGAGACAGAAGAGAAGGGCAAGCUGUCCGCUGAGUUUACAGCUGUUGCACACUUUGGAGGUGGUGGAUUGCUGCAGAAGAAAGCAUCUAAGCCUGGUGAAGAGGAAGAGGCACAGAAGCCCAAAUCACGGAGAGAGCUCAUUGAAGAACUUAUCGUUAAAUCCAAAAAGGAGAAGCAUGAACGGCAAGUUCAGCGGGACAUGGCCCAGGAGCUAACGGAGAAACUAGACAAAGACUGGAAGGAGAUCCAUUCCCUGUUGGCUCAUCAAGGCCCCAAGACUGAGCAGGUGGAGAAAAAACCCAAGGCAGGAGAUUAUGAUAUAAUUGUUCGAGAGUUGUUCUUUGAUGUGAAGGCACAGCCCUCAGACCGACUGAAGACCAAGGAAGAGCUCGCAAAAGAGGAACAGGAACGUCUGCAGAAACUUGAGAUGGAGCGAUUGCGUCGGAUGCGUGGAGACUUUGAAGAUAAAAGCAAAAAGACACCAAAACACAUGUCUGCAGACGACUUGAAUGAUGGCUUUUUCCUGGAAAAGAUUGAUAACCCUUGUCUUGUUUACAAGGAUGGGAAGUUGGAACAACAGGAUGAUGAAGCGGAGGAGCUGGGUGACGAACAUGAAGAGGAAAAUAGAGAGGAUGAAGACAGUGAUGAGGAUGAAGACGAGGAGGAGAACCAGAGCGAAGAGAGUGAUGAAGAUGAUCAUUCUGACCUCGGGGAUGAUAGCCAUUUGGAACAAGACUCUGAGUCUGAAGGUGAACAUAAUGAGGGUACAGGGGAGAAGAAAGCUGUUGAAUCCUCCCCAAAGAAAGAAAAGGCACCAAGUGAAGAGGCAAGGCAAGCCAUGAUGGUAGCAGCCAAGACACAACUCCCUUUUACUUUCUCUGUCCCCGAAUCGUACGAGGAGCUGCAAUCCCUGCUCGCGGGGCAAGAAACAGAGAAGCAGUGCUUAAUAGUGGAACGCAUUCAGAAAUCCAACCACCCAAGUCUUUCAGCAGGAAAUAAACCUAAGUUAGAGAACCUUUUUGGAUUCCUGUGGACUUACAUUGGGGAGCUGGCAACCAGGCAGCCAGCUGAACUGAAAACAAUUGACAGGAUGGUGCCGCAGUUGUACGAUCUCUCCCAGAUGUUCCCUGAAGCGGCCCUGAGUUUUGCUCAGUCUACCCUGAGGCAAAGUGUGCAGGAACUGGAGGACCAACUGCAGACUAAAGGCCGGGCCACUUUUCCUAAAUUAGACAAGCUGAUUUACAUAAAAAUUACGGGGGCUCUCUUCCCUACCUCUGACUACCGACACGCUGUGGUGACGCCCACACUGGUGCACUUGAGUCAAAUCGUCACUAAGUGCUCUGUCACAUCGUUACGCGAAGUCGCCGCUGGUCUCUUCACGUGCUGCCUAUUCCUGGACUUCGUUUCUUUCUCCAAGAGGUUUAUUCCCGAGGUGAUCAGCUUCCUGCUGGGAAUUCUUCACCUGGCCGUCCCAUGCAAAGAUGCCCUGGGGUACACUGUGAUUCCACCUUUCAAAGCAGUUGGAAAAUGGUCCAGCCUGUUGGUGCUGCAGGAUAAGAAGGCUGCCGAUUCCUGGGAAAUGAAGCCUUUGCCGAUGAGCUGGAUGCAUGGGAUGAAGCAGCGCGAUGAGUUGGAAGUAGCGCACUUCAAGCUCACCAGCCUGGCGAUGUGCUUCAACCUGUGCAAGAAAAGCUGCCAGUUGUACCGGGAGCUACCGGCGUUCCCAGAAAUCAUCCGUCCCCUGGAAGUCCUCCUAACCACGCACCUACCCAUGAAUGAUUAUCCACCAAAGCUCCAGGAGUUGUACCAGGAGGUCCUACAGGAGAUGAAAGACAGGCCAUCGUGCUACCAGACUCUUGCGUUCGAGAAGAAGAAACCCGUCCCCUUGAAAUUUUUCACACCCAAAAUAGUCGAAGUCACAGACUACGGGAGAAAGCGCGGCAGCAGCCAGCAGGAGAAGGAGCGGAUGAGACUCGUCCACAAGCACAAGCGGGAAUUUAAAGGAGCCAUCCGGGAAAUCCGCAAGGACGCACAGUUUCUGGCCAGGCAUAAGUUUUCGGGUAUCAUGGAAAGGGAUUCGGAGAGGAAGCAGAAGGUCAAGAUGCUGAUGAGCAGCCUGGCCACCCAGGAGGGUGAAUGGAAAGCCAUGAGGAGGAAGAAGAGGAAAAUCUGAGCGCAUCCUCUGACUGCCGGACGGGCCACAGUAUGAGGGCCACUUGCUCCUGACGUCAAAACAUCCCACAUCAGCCUAUAUUUAUUUAACACAGCAAAUGUCACCAAGGCACUUUGUGCAAGUGUUCCACCGUGUGAGUUAAAUAAUUCAAAUUUAUGAGGUAAAUCUUCGGGACAACACAGUGUGCGCAACAGUAGAGUUGUUUCCUUACAGCGCCAGAGUCCCGGGUUUGAUCCUAACUGGCUCUGUGGAGUUUGAUCCUGUAUGGAUGGAACCCACUCGGGUCUCUGACGCUGUAAGGCAGCAACUUUACCUCUGCACCACCAUGCCACCCCUUGCUGCAACAUAAUAAGGACACAAAGUGCUGGGGUAACUCAGCAGGUCAGGCAGCAUCUCUGGAGAACAUGGAUAGGUGACAUUUUAGGUUGGGACCCUUACUCAGACUCAUAUUAGGUUGGGACCCUUCUUCAGACUAGACCUGAAGAAGGGUCCUGACCCGAAACAUCACCUAUCCAUGUUCUUCAGAGAUGCUUAGUUACACCGACACUUUGUGUCUUUUUUUUGUGAACUAGCAUCUGCAGUUCCUUUUCUAUAGUUCUAGAUUAUCCAACCUGAGGAAUCAAUCUCUCAACCAUCUACUGUAAUUGUUCCCUGAGAACCUGCAUUUCUCAAUCAGAUCAACCGUCACCCUUCUAAACUGCAAUCAGUCUACAUCGAUCUUAUUCAUUCCUUUUAAACUCCUCCCUCAUCAAAGGCUGCAAAUAAUGAAUCCAUGCCGCUCAAAUUCUCGAGGUAAACAUAUCUGCUUGGGUUUGGAGCGCAUUGCGCAUUUUGAAGAUUACAACAAAUCCAGGUCCAAAUGAGCCUGUGAGAACCUCUUCAAAUAGACACUCAUUUAGUACUGAUAAUCGGUUGAUGCUGGUUCAAUGGUGUUUUCUUAUCACGUGUGCACUGCACAGUGAAAUCCUUUUGCAUAGCCCACACCUGCAGAGUCACUAUAAUUUUACGUCAUUUACAAAAAGAAAAAGUCCCAACUCCACAGCCUGUGUGUACUGGAGCGGCUCCCGGUUUUGGUCAGCUCCAGGCUGCUGCAGGGUCUCCUCCAGUGCCCUCGACGGGAUCGGCCCGAGACCAGAUGUCCCUCUCCUCACCUCACCGCUGUAUGCCUCCUGCAGCUGAUCUUGAAGGCGCUGGAGGCAAUACCCCGCUCCAUUUCCUACCAGCCCACUCCUCGCGCCCAUCUUCACCAGCAGCUCCCUCUUGCUCAACUCUCCGGUCUUCGGUGCCGAGCUCAGCGGCUUCCGAGCUUCCCCAGCAACCCGCCGGGUCCUUCUACACAGCGAUGAUCCUGGCCUGCCACCACAUGUGUCCACAGGCGACCAGCCGGGUCCCGCAUUGUUCUCGCGGCCCACUGGGUGGUUUGCGGCAGCUGCCAGGUCCGUCUUCAUUCAGCUCCAUGGGGCAUUGCGGGAGCUGAUGAUAUGUAAAGGCAAGUUCACCACAGAUCAUUUAUUCCAUUAAUUACUGUGAUUCAUUCACUGACAGUCAACUCUUGCAGUGGUCACACUGUGUGACAUAGAACUCAAACAGCAAAUGUUUAACAUUUUUGUAGAAAUUUAUCAAUAAACGAGGAGAUGACAGAUGAAA